AUGGGCAAUGCUUCUUCCUUGCUGACUCAAUAUCACAUUGAAGAAGUUCAAGAACACUGCAAUCACAUAUUUUCACAGCAGGAGAUUCUAUCAUUGUACCAGAGGUUUUGUCAACUGGAUAUAAAUAGUUGUGGCUUUGUCUCUGGAGAAGAGUUUCUUUCAAAAGAAGCAUACCACUCUGGUAAACUGAACAAAUCCAAUCUUUCAGAUAUGAAAGGUUCGAUACUGGACCUUUUAGCAAAUGGAUUAUCAGGGGAAAUUCCACACUGCAACAAUUUUACCUUAUUGUAUCAGGAUGAUAGUUCUGGUGAGCCAAUGGGAUUUAAUAUCCAAGUUGGCGGUAUAUCUAAAGAGAUAGCUGAGAUGAGAAGAUUGCAGUCUCUGAACUUUUCAAGAAAUGUUCUGAAUGGAAGUGUCAUUGAAGGAAUUGGUCAAAUGAAGAUGUUGGAGUCUCUUGACUUAUCAAGAAACAAUCUUUCUGGUGUGAUCCCUCAAGGUCUUGCUAAUUUGACUUUUCUUAGUGUGUUGGACUUGUCGAACAACCACUUAUCCGGGAGAAUUCCAUCAAGCACUCAAUUGCAAUGUUUUGAUAGACCAUCCUAUAGUUAUAAUGCUCAACUCUAUGGUCCUCCUCUUCAAGAGUGUCCCGGAUAUUCUCCUCCUAAACCUCAUAUCGAUCAUGGCAGCAACACCAAUCCACAAGAACAUGACAAUGAUGAGGAGUUCCCAUAUCUGGAGUUUUAUAUAUCCAUGGUGAUAGGUUUCUUUGUCACAUUUUAG